GUCCCUUUUCUCUCUCUCCCUCUCUCUCUCUUGCGCCCGCACACACACGCACGCACCUCGCGCGCACACGCGUACGUCUCCACUUGGCCGUAGUAAAUUGCUGCAUUGAUCUCGGAGGCGAGUGUGGAUCUGUCUCUUCAGUUUGACGGAGGGUCUCGGAGAGGCGCUGGGAAGAAAGAAACGAAUCCUCUCACUGUGCGUUGGACUGUGAGGCCCCCCCUGGACAUGCCUGUUUAGCUGCCCUGCGUGAUGCCUGAUCAUGACAGCACCACCCUCCUAACCAGACAAACCAAACGCAGACGUGUCGACAUCGGAGUGAAAAGGACCGUGGGUAGUGCUAUAUUCCCUCGUUCCCGGGAGACCCUGCUUGACGCCAUGAACCAGUCACACGGCCCUGAUCAGGAUGGCGACUGCUCACUGGGGAGUCACGGCCAUGGGCCCACCAAUGGUGAUGGGGAGAAGUCGAAUGUACUCAGAAAGCUGCUGAAGAGGGCCAACUCUUAUGAGGAUGCCAUGAUACCUUUUCCUGGGGCUACUAUUAUCUCUCAGUUAUUAAAGAACAAUAUAGGAAAGAAUGGAGGGAGUGACUCAGGCUUUCAGGGUAGUGGGGCUUUGUCCAGUGGAGGUUCAGAGAUUCAGGCAGAAGACGCCUGUAGUAACUCUUCGCGGGACAGUCCAUCUGACUGCCUUUCCCCUGGUCCUCCAUUACCUCCUUCAUCUUCUUCCUCCAACUUCGGAAGACCACUGCCACCCUCAAAUCACAUUUCUCACACCUCCACUCAAUCCUUAACCUCCUUCGACUUGGACAGACUGUCCGAUGAGCAUCUUCGUGCCAAGAGAGCCCGCGUAGAGAACAUAAUCCGUGGCAUGAGUCACUCCCCGUUGGUCCGUCCCAGCGGCGGCGACCACAACCAAGAAGGCAAUCAUGAGAAUCAAAAUGGCAGUAGCAACAGUAACAACCGCAGAGGGGAGGAAAGCGGCCGUCGUGGGGACUGCCCUUCCCUCUUAAGCUCUCCUGGUUCACGAGGUGGAGUGGUUGGCAUCGGUGAAGUUUACAGAGAGAAUAAGAGGAAGCAGCGUCUACCUCAGCAGCAACACAGUUUCACCCAGCUGGUUUGUUCCAGGCAGGAGCAGAGACAGGAAGAAAGAAGGCAACUCAAACUACAACUUGAAGACAUGCAGAAACAACUGCGCCAAUUGCAAGAGAAGUUCUACCAGAUCUAUGACUCUGAGACAGAGGAAGAGGAAGAAAAUAUAGUGAACGGACAAGCCAACCGAGGAGGGGACAGAGAGGAGGACGGCAACCUUUCAGAGGACAGCAUCCGCUCCGACGGCCUAGAGGAGAGGCACAGAGACAGAGGACGGCACAGCCACGAUGACCUUUCUGAACUGGACCCAGGACUGUUUCUCGACCGGGCUCGAGCCCUCCUCCGUGAGCAAGCGUUGAUAGAUGGAGAAAUGGAGGAGGACGCUGACAGCAGAGAAGAGGAGGAAAGAAAUGGAGAAAGGGGGGUAAAGAGGAGAGCAGUAACAGGAGGUGGGGGAGGUGGGGGUAGGCAGUUGGCCGAGACUCUGAAGCAGGAGCUAAACUGUGCCGUAUCACAGGUUGUUGACACGGUUGUCAAAGGUUUUUCCUCUCCCAAACAGACUGCCAGUCACCAUCAUAGCUGUCACAGUAGCACACCAGCUGCACCUUCCUCUUCCUCCAACUCAUCUUCAUCCUGUCCACCACCUUUUGUGCCACUACCCCCACUUACCCCAGAGUCACGCUUUGGUGGCGGUAAUUUGGCACUCAGCUUGAACGGUGAAGGCAGUCCCACCCCUAAUUAUCAUUCAUCCAACCAGAGGCUGCACUGCUUUGGGGAUGUAAUCAUCCCCAGCCCCCUUGAUUCCUUCGGUGGGCUGAGCAGCAGGCUUAGUGGUGUGCCAACACCCAACGAUCAAACGGAGGCACUGCCAUUGGUAGUGCGCAAGAGUGGUGGCAGCGCAGUAGAGACCACCAACCCUUCUCUUCCCCCCCCUCCACCUCCUCAUCAUCCCUCGCUCCACCCAUCUCCGCUCACUGCUUCUCUUGGCUUCAGCCCUCCGUCAUUUCGCCACCCGUUUCCCAUCCCCCUCAUGGGUUACCCCUUUCAGAAUCCCCUAGGGUCACAUGGAGGUGGCUACCCUCCAGGAACGAAAGACCACAGUCGGGUGUCCCCCGACUCUAUGGACAUAAACCGGGAAACUGUCAGCCUCAGAACCAAAAUGGCAUCUCUCGGAGGGGGCCACAUGGGUCACCAUCACCACAGACAGAGCUCUGAAAGCCAGCACGGACCAGAGGGCCUGUCGCUGUCCCUUAUCAAGUCAGAGUGUGGGGAUCUGCAGGAUAUGGCUGACAUAUCUCCUUACUCAGGCAGUACUAUUCAGGAAGGCUUGUCUCCAAACCAUCUGAAGAAAGCCAAGCUGAUGUUCUUCUACACUCGCUACCCUUCCUCUAAUAUGCUCAAAAUGUUCUUCUCUGACGUAAAGUUUAAUCGGUGCAUCACCUCCCAGCUGAUCAAGUGGUUCAGCAACUUUAGAGAGUUUUACUACAUCCAGAUGGAGAAGUUUGCCCGGCAGGCCAUCAAUGAGGGUGUGACGGUGGCCGAAGACCUGACGGUGAGCAGGGACGCAGAACUCUACCGGGCGCUCAACAUGCACUACAACAAGGCAAACGACUUUGAGGUUCCAGAUCGAUUUCUUGAAGUGGCCCAGGUGACGCUUCGUGAGUUCUUCAACGCUAUAGUGGCUGGAAAGGAUGCAGAUCCAUCAUGGAAGAAGGCCAUCUACAAAGUAAUCUGCAAACUGGACAGCGACGUUCCUGAGGUCUUCAAAUCUCCCAACUGUCUCCAAGAACUCCUUCAUGACUGACUAGGAUACUCAAGGAAAACAGGCAAGAGGAACGAACCACCAAGGACUGUCAGAAGACCGUAAAACACAAUCCUCCUUAGAGAUCUUGGUAGUUGUCCUGCUCAGAGGAUGUUUUAGCAGGCCUUCUUUUAAAGAGAACACUGCCCUUAAUAAGAUUUUAUAUGAAAAGUUACUCCUCCUGAAUAACAGAAUAAAAAGGGCUCAAGCUCAGUUUUAGAUAUUUAUGUCUGGACUUUUAAAAAUUAAAAGCAAAAACAUGAGCCACUGAUCCUCCUUGCACUUAUAAAAAAAAAAAAAAAAAAAGGUUUUGUCCAUUUUGUUCUUUCUCGUCAUCCUUCUCAAGGAAAUAAAAAAUAUGAAAAGGAUGCUGGACAUGAAUUGAACUUCUAACAGGGAUGAUAAUAUAUACAAAAUCUUGUUAUUGUGGAUGUUUUUAACUUACAUGGACAUUUUUGAAGGAAAAAAAAUGUGACGUUUCUGUAUUUGCUCCUCCUUUGCUCCUUUGUACAAGUCCCCGUUCUUUUCUCCAAUGAACCCUCAAACAUGCACACACAUAGACAAAGCACAGUAGCAUCCAUCCUCCUCACUUGAACAAGCAGAAAAACUGUUUAACCCCCCAUUUUCCCAUAAUUUUUAUCUUUUCACUUCAGCCUUUCUUUUUAUUGAACUGAAAGAUAGACUUCAGUGCAUUGCUUGAAAACACAGAAUAAUAUCCAGCGCCUUGAAAAAGCAUUCCUACCCAAAGUUGUUGCAUUAAGUUUUAUUUGAGGGUUUCAAAGUAAAAGGGGGGUAAAUAUAAACCCAUGCUACCCUUUAUUAAAAUUGUUUAUUGAUAUCACUUUCCUCCUAAGAUUUAUGUGCCACUUUGUGUUGGUCUAUUAAGUGAAAUCUCAAUAAAUUUCUUUUCUUGGUUGAACUGUGAUAAAAUGUGGAUUUUAAGGCGUAUAGAUUCUCUGUUGAGGCACUUUACCCAUAUCAGCUUUCUCUCUCAAAGAAAUUAGUAAAAUAAUUUAUUUCAUGAACUUCAGUUGUGGGUUUGAUUGCUUAAUCAGUUU